AUGAAUAUGGAAGGCGAAUUAUUCGAAAUUCCUUCGCACACCGCCACAUGGUACAUACCACGGGAAUAUUUCGAAAGACGGACAGGUGAUACCGGAGGUGGAGCGCGAGUGCUGCGCUCGACGCCCGAUUGGAGUGAUGCUGCUAUCAGCGGCGAACACCUUUGGUCGCCUACUUCUGUUUCUGGUGACUGCUGUUACGUUGGGGAUGCGGAGUGCCAGAAGCACGGAUCCCGUAUGAAAUGCUCGGCGUGCAAAAUCGUCGCGCAUGCAGCGUGUAUCGACAUAUUAAUGGAUCGCGUGCAGUUCUUAUGCAAGCCAACAUUCCGAGACGUGGGCGUGAGGCAAUACCGCGAACAGACUGUCACGCACCACCAUUGGGUACACCGGCGAUCGGAGAAGGGCAAGUGCAAGGCUUGCAGUAAGUCAUUCCGGCGCAGAUGCUGUCAAUGGUGCAUACCUACACAAGACACUGUAGACAAAGCUAUAGGAGUAGAAACUGGUGAUAAUAUUAAUUCGCUGCAGGCUAAACUGUCCUUUAGCUCUAAGGAGAUCGUGGCGUUGAGUUGUUCUUGGUGCAAGGACGCGUACCACAACAAAGAGAGUUGUUUCAAUCUUCAACGAAUAGGAGAAGAAUGCUCAUUAGGUUUGCAAACAAACAUCAUAGUUCCACCGUCAUGGAUCGUUAAAUUACCACGAAGAGGUAGCUUUAAAUCUUCAUUGAGAAAAUCUCCUAAGAAAAAAAGUGCGUCUAAAAAGAAAGGAAAAGAUUCUAAGAAUGAACAGAAGACAUUUGUGAUUAAACCCAUUCCAACUGCAAAUGUGAAACCUGUACUGGUUUUCAUAAAUCCUAAAAGCGGUGGUAACCAAGGAGCCAAACUCUUGCAGAAAUUCCAGUGGCUAUUGAACCCACGUCAGGUGUUCGAUCUCACACAAGGUGGACCAGGCCCUGGACUGGAGCUGUUCCGCAAAGUGCCAAACUUGCGCGUGUUGGCGUGCGGCGGUGACGGCACUGUAGGAUGGGUGCUGAGCGUGCUCGAUCGCAUCGGAUCCCGGCCAGCUGUCGGCGUGCUCCCACUUGGCACCGGCAACGAUCUCGCUAGAGCACUCGGUUGGGGCGGGGGAUACGAGGAUGAGCCGAUAUCAAAAAUUCUGGCGAACAUCGGUGAAAGCGAUACAGUGUUGUUGGACCGGUGGCAGUUGACCGUGGAACCCAACACAGCAGCUUCGGGUGAAGACGUCAGUAACGCAAAGCCCGAGUUGCCUCUCAAUGUUGUCAAUAACUAUUUCUCUUUUGGAGUGGAUGCCCAUAUAGCGCUGGAGUUCCAUGAAGCUAGGGAGGCGCACCCAGAAAAAUUCAACUCUCGAAUAAGGAACAAGUUAUUUUAUGGGACUGCCGGAGGAAAGGAUCUCAUGCAGCGCAAGUGGAAAGGCCUCGCCGAAUUCGUCACGAUGGAGUGUGAUGGAAAGGAUCUCACACCAGUUCUUCGGGAGCACAAAGUACAUGCUAUAGUCUUCUUAAACAUUCCAAGUUACGGGGGUGGAACACACCCUUGGAAUAAGUCCGGAGGAGCCUUUGAACCCUCUACUGAAGACGGCUUAAUAGAAGUAGUCGGAUUAACUACCUAUCAACUACCAUUGCUUCAAGCGGGUGGCCAUGGGACCUGCAUCACUCAAUGUAAGACGGCAAAGAUUGUCACCACCAAAGUAAUACCUAUGCAGGUAGAUGGAGAAGCAUGUCGACUUGCGCCCUCUAUUAUUACGUUGUCAAGACUGAACCAAGCGACAAUGCUUGCCAAGAGGAAGCCUGGAAGAGUGUUAGCACCUCAAACCACAUUAGACAAACUUACACUCACAGUGAAUCUCAUAACAAUGGCGGACUACGAGAGGCAUCAUUACGACAAGGAACUGCUAGCGAAAACAGCGGAGCGUGUAGGCAGCUUAGACGUGAACCCUACAGCGGACUUGGAACAAAUGCGACGCCUCAUUCAAGGCAUGAUCAGAGAAUCUCAAACGUACUCAAAUCUCACUGACUGGUGGUUUGUCGAUUCUGUAACGGCGGAACGUUUCUUUCGAAUCGACAAGGCACAAGAGAAUCUUCACUACUCAUCAGAUAUAGGUCAUGAAAAUAUAUAUAUUCUGGAUGCUGCCCUUCAUACACCUGACACUGAGUCAACAGCACAUCCUGAUACGACGGCGACAGGGUCUUUGGAGCGAACUGCAGCUUCAGUGUCUUUAGACACUACUACCGGGCUCUCAGUGUCACUUGACAUCUCACAGAGCGUUGAUACACCAAGUGCGGCAGUGUCGUUAGAUGUUCCUGAGUCACAUCCAUGCGAAUCUGGAUUGGGCAGUCCAUUGCGAUCAUCGGAGGAGCUCCUAUCUCCACAAACACCGCCCCCGGGCUCGGUGACUGUAGCUACUGCAGUAGUGCCAGUAACUACCGGGGUACCAGCGGCUUCCAUUAUAUCUACAGCUCCCGUUGUCUCGAAAUCGCCUGCAAAAACACCAGCACCCUUGACCCCUCCAGCUACACAGCAGGAACCUUUGUCACCGCCAUUGUGUACCAGUCCACUUACCAAAGACCACGAACCUACUAUGGACUCAAUAGCACGGUUCAAAACAAAUUUAUUGGAAAAAACAUCUGACGGUCUGCUCAAAGCGGCUAAAGUUGGUGAUCUCCGAAUGAUGAAAGACCUCCAUGCGGCGGGCUACUCUCUUCUGUCAAUUGACGCGACCGGCCAAACAGCUCUUCACGUGGCUGCACGUUACGGCAACAAGGAGAUUGUAAAAUAUCUUAUUGCGUGUGCUCCAACCACCAUUCUCAAUAUGAGGGAUAAUGAAAAAGGUCAAACAGCGUUACAUAAGGCAGCCGCACAUAAAAGAAGAGCUAUUUGUUGUAUGCUGGUAGCUGGAGGAGCGUCUCUGACAAGGCACGACCACGCUGGACUCACACCGCGACAUCUUGCUCUACGAGCUGAGGAUCAUGAUCUAGCUGCUUACUUAGAAAGUCAAGAACAUUUCCAAUUGGUCUCUGAGGAUUUAGAAACUGCUGUUUAA